GCCUUCGAACGGCUCACAUCUCGCUCAGAUGUUUUUGGCCUCAAAUCGGGAAACACGGCUCACAAUCUUAAAAUUAGGUGAAAAUUUUUGCUAAAUUUGUGUGUCUUCAAACGAAAAAUCUAUACCAAAAUCAAAUAAACAAUGGAAAUGAAACAAAUAAUUCAAACGCAAGAGACCCACAACGGUCCGGUGCGAUUGCCGGUGGAUAACGAAACCCACAAAUUCGACGACUGGACCAUAUCUUACACUAAAUCACAUAUCCUGAAGAGCGUAUGUACCAACGGCAAUAACUGUGUGAAAGGCGAUGAAUCCUGCUGCGAGCUUUGCGUCUAUAAUUUUGCGCUUGAGCUACCGCACUUACCGGACAUGGUUUUCCACAAGAACAUACUCACCGUGGAGCACAGCAGUGGUGCGCGGCUGCACUUUAGCCCGAUCGAGGCGCUCAAGAUGGUGAGCAACGAAAAGCUCGACUUGAAGGUAGCCUGCAGUGACGAGUGGAAGGAAAGCCGACCGGAUGCGGACACUCACGAGAAGGUGAAACCGUUCGAUUGGACAUUCACGACCGAAUAUCGAGGAACCACCAAUGAACUGUUCAAGGUUGAACCAACCGAGCAAAAAAUCGACAUGUACAAGCUGAUGAAGCGGGAACCGAUCCUCUUCUAUCACGAUCUGACCCUGUUCGAGGAUGAGCUGCACGAUCACGGGAUAUCGGUGCUAUCUGUAAAAGUGCGCGUCAUGCCGUCCGGAUUCUACAUCCUGCUACGUCACUUCCUGCGUGUGGAUCAGGUAUUGAUUCGUAUCAACGACACCCGCUUCCACUAUGAGAAGGGCAACGACUACAUGCUGCGCGAGUAUUCCCAGAGAGAGGCCAACAUGGAAAAGCUUAAACACGUCCCCCCAGCACUGUUCACCUGUCCCCAGGAAAUAGCGGAACAUCUUCCGGUCAUGUCGAAGGUAACCGAGAAAAUUUCAGUUUGGCAUGGAGCUGAUGCUACCGCCUCAGGUGGCUUAUCGUAAGAAAACUAAAAUAAAAUUAUGUGUAUUGAGAAA